GGUUUGCGGACAGCCAUUACAUCAUAGAAGAAGUAGCGUUGGACGCUAGCUAAUUAUCUAAGCUCAACUGGCUGACAAGCUGGCUAGCUAACGUUAUUUUUCCUCGCAGAAACAAAAACGGAACUAGCUACAUACCAAGUGAAUUGAAAUUAGAAACAAAACCGGGACAAUGAAGACGCGGAUAGACACUGAAUUUGUACUUGUGUUCACGUUAGUUGCCUUUAGUACUUGUUCAGGAUUCUACCUUCCGGGUUUAGCCCCAGUGAGUUUUUGUGAAGAUAAAGGAGGCGAUGAUUGUCAGACUCUCAUCCAGCUGUUUGUGAAUCGCUUGGACUCAGUGGAAUCAGUUCUGCCCUAUGAAUAUGACGUCUUUGACUUCUGCAAAGAUGACAACGAGAGGAGACCGUCUGAGAACCUGGGCCAGGUGCUAUUUGGUGAGAGAAUUGAGACGUCGCCAUACAAGUUCUCAUUCAAAAAAGACGAGAAAUGCAAGAAAUUGUGCACCAAAACCUAUGUGAAGGAUAAAACUGAGGAUAAGAACAUGCUGGACUUCCUCAAGAGAGGAAUGCAGUUGAACUACCAGCACCAUUGGAUUGUUGACAACAUGCCAGUCACCUGGUGCUAUGAUGUGGAAGACAGUCAGAAAUACUGCAAUCCUGGAUUCCCCAUUGGCUGCCUCGUCACCACCGAAGGGCGCGCUAAAGAUGCCUGUGUCAUCAAUUCCGAGUUCAACAAGAAGAACACAUUUUACAUCUUCAACCACGUGGACAUCAAAUUGACCUACCACAAUGGGGAAGGGGAGGGGUGGAGAGGAGCUCGCCUGGUGGCUGCCACACUGGAGCCCAAGAGUAUCAACAAUGCUGACGCUGACAAACCUACAUGUGAAGGCCCUCCCAUGGAAGUUCCUGGAGAGUUUAGCAGUGAUGUGAAAAUCACCUACACCUACUCUGUCAGCUUCGAGGAAAACAAUGACAUCAAGUGGGCCUCUAGAUGGGACUACAUUUUGGUCUCCAUGCCUCACACCAACAUCCAGUGGUUCAGCAUCAUGAACUCUCUGGUCAUCGUGCUCUUCCUGUCUGGCAUGGUGGCUAUGAUAAUGCUGAGGACCCUGCACAAGGACAUCGCCAGGUACAACCAGGUGGACCAGGAAGAGUUGAUAAAGGCUCCACCACCACAAGGAAAAUCCAUAUUCUAUGAGGAUGCCCAGGAGGAGUCUGGGUGGAAGCAGGUGCACGGGGAUGUGUUUAGGCCUCCCAGGAAGGGCAUGCUGCUUUCUGUGUUCCUCGGCCAGGGAACCCAAAUCUUCAUCAUGACCUUCAUCACCCUCUUCCUGGCCUGCCUGGGGUUCCUGUCUCCAGCUAACCGAGGGGCUCUGAUGACCUGUUCUGUGGUGCUGUGGGUUCUGCUGGGCACCCCUGCAGGAUACGUGUCAGCACGCCUCUACAAGACUUUCGGUGGUGAGAAAUGGAAGACCAAUGUCCUGUUGACAGCACUGUUGUGUCCAGGGAUUGUGUUUGCAGACUUCUUCCUGAUGAACCUGAUCCUGUGGGUGGAAGGCUCGUCAGCUGCCAUCCCCUUCGGCACGCUGGUGGCCAUCUUAGCUCUGUGGUUUGGUAUCUCCGUGCCCCUCACCUUCAUCGGUGCUUACUUCGGCUUCAAGAGACCCGCCAUUGAGCAGCCGGUGAGAACCAACCAGAUCCCCAGACAAAUCCCAGAACAGUCGUUCUUCACCAAGCCUGUCCCCGGCAUCGUCAUGGGGGGCAUCCUGCCCUUCGGCUGCAUUUUCAUCCAGCUCUUCUUCAUCCUCAAUAGCAUCUGGUCUCACCAGAUGUACUACAUGUUUGGUUUCCUCUUCCUGGUCUUCAUCAUCCUCCUCAUCACCUGCUCUGAGGCUACCAUCCUGCUAUGCUACUUCCACUUGUGUGCGGAGGACUACCACUGGUGGUGGCGUUCGUUCCUGACCAGCGGUUUCACGGCCGUCUACCUGUUCGUCUACGCCGUCCACUACUUCUUCUCCAAGCUGCAGAUCGUAGGAGCCGCCAGCACCAUCCUCUACUUCGGCUACACCUCCAUCAUGGUGCUCAUCUUCUUCCUCUUCACAGGCACAAUUGGAUUCUUUGCCUGCUUCUGGUUUGUAAAUAAAAUCUACAGUGUGGUGAAGGUGGACUAACGGAAUGAGGGCCGGACUCCCUGCUCUCCCAGUGCAGCGCUUUUACAGUGACCGCUUUGAGGAAAGGAAGCCCUUUGAAUGACUUGAAAACAUCACGUCUCAGAUCUAGAGGUGAAGCCCUCAAACUUGAUAUGUUGCGGUCGUAAUUAUUUUGGCUUUUACCAUCUAAGAUUAAUUGACAUUUUGAUUUGAGUUGCACCUUGAUCUACGAGGUGAGUUCCAAAGAUCUAAGUUAGCGGGUGCCUGGUUAGGGGAGGGUGGUGAAGGAUGUUCCAAAAUGAUGUUUUUCCCCAUUUCUAAUGUAAAAAAACAAACAAAAGUACUUUAUUUUGCUUUUAUAUUCUCAGAAACCUAAACUUAUAUUUUUAUUUUUCACCAACUCUGCUGUAUUCAGAAGAUGUGUUGAUACUUAAAGAAUGUCACCUCUAUGGAUCUGUCCUUUACAACAUUUCUGUUUUGUUUUGUUUUUAUAUUUGUUUGGUGAGGUGAGGACGGGCUGUAGCAUCCUAACCAUUUAAUGACCUGUACUAUCGUUUUACAGUAAUGGAAUCUGUAUAAAUAUCUGCAACUGACUCUGCCAUGAAGAAAUCUGUUUUUAUUUUUCUGGCUAUAUUUUGGUUGAUAUGAAAAUAAGAAUAUGUAGUUAGAAACACAUCUUUAUCGUAAAUGGAUUUGCUAUAACAGUAGAAAUGUAAGCCAAAGCUUAUGACUCAUGUUUUUUUUUGUUUGGAUUGUAAUAUCUCACACAGCACAGGAGAAUACAACUUGGUGGAUGAUGACGAUACAGUA